UCUGAUUGGUCAAAAUUUACCGGCAUGGAGUUCGCGAAAAGUUGAAGCGAAAGCGAAAAUUCAUAAUGUCGAUAUCAACUCCGCAACGUUCACGCGGAUCGAAUCGCUGUAAAGAAGAUGUCGACCGAUUUGUUGACCGCAUACAAGAAUCUGAAAGAGCUGCUAGAGGAUAUCAGAUUGGUCUUUUGUAUUAUGAAGUCAAGGAAUAUGACAAGGCAAAAAGGUAUGUGGAGGAGCACAUGGCCAUCAGACCCCGGAUUCCCCAGACUCACAAACUCCUGGGGCAGAUAGAGGAGGCAUGCAACCACCCUGUCGAGGCCAUCGAAGCUUACAAAAGGUCACUGGAGCUGGAUGGGAAACAAAAAGCAUUAAUUUUGAAAAUUUGUGAGCUUUACGAUCAAGUUAAAGACGAAGAUCCUCAAGUCUUAAAAUACUGGUACAAAAGAGGAGAGAGUUUCUAUCCAAGCCAUCCUGCUAUUUUUAGACUCAAAGAGAGAGUCAUAUCCCGGGGAGAUGGGGAUGUUAAAGACAUGGAGAAAUUCUAUCUGAUGGAAAUCAAUAAGAAUCAGGAUGACGUUACGUUACACUGUAAGCUCCUGGAAGUCUAUCUUCAGUCAGAGAAAACACUGAGAGAUGCCUACAGAUACUGUACAGAUCCCACCAAGUUCAACAAGUUCCUAGGUCAGAGGGAGUGGUUAGAGGUGGUCAUCAAAGUGUUCGAAGCUUAUGAGAAGAAAGAACAAGUGUCCACUGAUACCAGGUUCCAGACCCAGAAACUAAUGGUUUUGAUUGGCCUUCUGUAUUGUCAGCUGACAGGAAAUGACCUUAUGACCUGUGUGUCAUUGCUGCAUCAACUUGACCAGAAUCUGUUCAGUGCUUCACUGCUGUCCUCCACUAAACCUGAUUGGCAGGCCUUCCUUAAGGAGGUUCAGGGACAGCUCUACUUCCUGUUUGGAUUAAUGUUAUACAAAAGAGCUGAAAAGAGACAGAUUACCUGGAGGGAUGCCAGUUCUUUUGCUGCUGUAUGUUUGAUGGUCAGCAGUAGCCUCCCUUUGUUGGAGACAAGAAGCUCCUGGUACAAAAUGAUGAACGCUGAUCAGAAGAAGAUGUUUGGUCGACUCCGGAAGUUAAGCUGCUAUCGGCACAGCCAAGGGGGUUAUCUGCUGUUGCCACUGACGGAGCGCGGUAAUGUGGCACGUAUGAAGGAGUAUCGUCAGUUACAGACCGGGAAGGCCGUAGACAGGAUGUAUGAACUGAUGUUUACACUGAGGGAGAUGAGAAACAAAGCCAGGUCUUCCUUCAUUGUCAUGAAGGAUCUAUUUAUAGCAACCUCACUAGUGGCUCCCUCUAGGCAGGCACUGGAGACUUAUGAUGAAGGAGUGUUCAGUUUACACGAGGGUAACUUACAAGAGCUGGUAUGGAUCGCUCUGAAUAGAUGCUCCUCACAGGAAGUGUCUCAGAAGUCUUAUCCACUCUGUAUACCUGAUAAAAUCCCAUUGUCCACCAAUGACCUGAGUUCUGCAGCCCCAGAAUCCUUGUGUCAACUGGAUAUAAUGGCUUUCUUCAUUGCGACAGUGAAGUGUGCAUCCUCGGCUUUUGAGGAGCGGUGUAAGGGGACAAGAUUCGACCAGUACCAGCCUCGAUUACUCCCAGCAUGCCUCAGUGUGCGACUGUGUACGGAAUCCCAGUGUGAGUGGUGGACUGCGAUGUACAAGUUCUGUCACAAUCUGGCGCGGGACCAGACCCCCAGACUGAGACUGGUUAUACAGAAAGGCCUGGAGACGGUCCGACUGCUGGGAACUCACGGAGUGUCUGCUGCACUCAUUAUUCACCUCGCCAGGACUUUUGAUGAAAGGGUGAAAGAACUAAAAGCUUUGGAAUUGGACCAUGGGGUCAAGCUGCAUGCUUUUGAGAGAAGAGCAGCUCAUUACUGGCAGGAGGCCACACUGAUGUUAUCAAGAAUGGAAAGGAAACUGAACAUCCCUCUACCCCGGGACAGAAUCUUUACGGACGAUCAACAGAUGAACCUGGACGAGAACCAGAUUCAGGACCUGAUAGAACAGUCCAAAUUCUCCCUGGCAACUGUUGCUAUGCGGGAGGGCCGUUUAGAGGAAGCCAGAGAACAGUUCCUGAAGUUAAAGAUUCCCUGGGCCACUUACUAUUUGUCCCAGAUAUACAGAACAAUGGCAGAUGAGAUCCAUCCUUCAGAUGAUGAGUCAACCAAUCAGAAGUUAGCUCUUGUUGAACAGUCACUAGACGCCCUCUAUCAGACAUUGGAGAAAAUUCAGGGGGAGAAAAAUCAUGAGCUGCACAGGAUAGUUCCCAAUGACAUCGAUGAAAGUGUGUGUGAGCUGGAGAAUCUACGCCGGGCUUCACUCGGUGUCUCUGUGGUAGACAGUGUGUCAGGGUAUGAAGACGCUAAGGAUGAGGUGUCAGGGUCAGAUGAGGACACACCCAGUUACAGCACCCCAAAGGCCAGCCACACACCCCAGGACUAUUCCCAGCGGUCCCAGUCCCCCCUGUCUGCCCUGCCCUCCUGUAGCAGUACCCCGGCCGUUAAGGAAUCCUCGUCAGCUAGUGGGCUGACCAACAGCAGUACACCCGCCCUCAGGGGGAAGUCUCCAGCCAACGUCCACUUCAGCUUCAGUGAGAGGAGCCGGACAAGGCCGAGCCCUGAGCGGUUAGAAGCCAGACUCUGGGCCCUGGAGGCCAAACAACAGACCACACUAGACUUGGUGACUGAAUUAAAGGAGCAGCUAAAGGAGAUGAGAGAGGACCGGGCCCGGUUCCGCGAGCUGGAGAGGAGGAUGAUGGACCACAUGAUGUUAUGCAGUUCGCGGCCCCAGGCUCCCCAGCCCUACAUCCCCCCUCACAUUCCCCCACCCCCUCAGGCAUACCCCUCCCAAGUCCCCGGCCUACCCGCCCAGUAUACCUACCCCCCAAACUCCUGGGUACAGUCUAGCUACAAUUACACUCAGUCUGUGUCCCCUAUCCCCGGGGGAGGACCGAUGUCCAAUCGUCGACAGUAUGGGAGGGGCGGUCAGCUGAGGCCGGAGUAUGAGGAGGACCUAUAUCAGUUUGGGGAGGACCUGUAUGAGGAUGAUGGGUCCCAGCCCCUCCCUGCCGUGUGCCCCGAGUCACAGUUAGUACAGGACUGGCCAUUUGGUAACAAGGCUGGUGUGGAAGGAAAGUCGACCAUAACCUACUCCCCUCAGCCGUCAGUAGGCAGUAGAAUGCCUCCUCAGUCAGGCUUCCUUGCCAGCAACUUGAGGGGUCAGGCCAUUCAGUACCACGCUAGUGCUCAGGAACAGAAACCGAUGCCUGGCCCUGGAUUUUUCUCCUCCCCUACGCCGGAGGCCCCACCGUCAGCCUCAGUGAUAGCCCAGGCCCUGGCUAAGUCAGCUUCUCCUUCAGUGACCCCCGCCCCCUCCAUCCCGGGACAACCCUCCCCCAGCAUGUCAGCUGCUCUCUCAUCCACUGGUGGAACAGUGGGCUCCUCCCUACCACUGUUUGGUAGUCUGAUGGCGGCCUCCAAAUCCCCAGACAAGGUCAUGACUGGUGAGCUAGCUGGACAGAACAAGCCAUUCUCAUUCCUACCCUCCACUCUGUCCACCAGCACUACCCCAUCCCAGGGUGGGGGCACCACGAGUCAGAGUGGUGUCCCAGCCACCCAGAGCAGUUCCAUGCCCUUUACCUUUACUGGAUUUGGAGCAAAUCCGCAAGUACCAACCUCUUCAGUGUCAGGAUCGACAUCUGCCAGUCAACUUGGUGGUGGAUCUGUGUUCUCAUUUAACAAACCGGUGUUUGGAACCACCCCUGCUACCACCUCAUCCACGGAAACCUCUGCCACAGCUUCUCCUUUUGCAGCUUUCACUGGAUUUGGGUCGUCAAACCUACCAUCAUUCAGUGCACUUAGAACCGACAAGCCUGCUACAGGAUUUGGGGCAGCCACCACUCCUGUUACCAGUCCUGUCAAACAGAUUCCUGCUAAUACUUCAUCACAUUCCACACCAUCCCCACGUAAACGAAACGACAGUAUGACAAUGGAGGAAUAUGAACCUAAUGUGGACUUCAAGCCUGUUAUAGAUCUACCAAACCUUGUAGAAGUCAGAAGUGGGGAGGAGGAGGAGGAGGUACUGUUCUGUCAGAGGGCCAAGCUGUUCCGCUUCGAUGCCGACUCCAAUCAGUGGAAGGAGAGGGGGAUCGGAGAAAUGAAGAUCCUGAAGCAUCGCGGCUCCAACAAGUCGAGAAUCAUGAUGAGGCGAGAGCAGGUGCUCAAGCUUUGUGCCAACCACCAGAUUACCAAAGACUUAAAGCUGUCAACGAUGGCCAACUCCGACAAGACGUGGUGCUGGGUCGCCAACGAUUACUCCGAGGAGGAACUUAAGGUGCAGAGCCUCGCCGUCAGGUUCAAGACGCCGGAUCUGGCUGAGAGAUUUAAGGAGGUGUUUGAGAAAUGUCAAAGUGAGGCAGAGGAUGUGUCCUGUACUACAGAGACAAAGGAGACGGGUAAAACAGAAGUGUCUAAGGAAGAUAAUUCAAAACCAGAAGCACCAACUGAAGGUAAACAAAUGUCUUUAAAGGAGAUGUUUAAACCCAAGGAGGGGACCUGGACCUGUGACACUUGCAUGGUUCCUAAUGAUCGUGAUGCCAUCUUCUGUUUGGCAUGUAACACAGGGAAGCCAGGUUCUGACCCUAAACUGGUCAAGGAGGCCAUCAAGAAGAGUACACCAAAGACAGAAAAGCCCAGCCUGGCGGCCAUGUUUAAACCUAAGCCUGGAUCCUGGUCAUGUGACGGCUGUCUGAUCCAGAACGAGGCUGAUAAGUUACGUUGUGUGGCCUGUAACACUCUAAAGCCAGGGGUCAAGCCAGAGGAUGUCAAGGAGGACACCAAGGGGCCUGGAGUACAGUCAGCAGGUCUGUCCUACUUUACCACAACAACCACUGCUAACUCUGCAGCUCCAUCUGGAGGAUUUGUGUUUGGAACCCCAGCAACAACGACUUCCAGCAGUUCAUCAGGAGGGGGAUUUGUAUUUGGUACCUCAACUACAAAGACAACUACCACAUCUACUGUCACUGCUGCAUCGACUGGUGGCUUCACAUUUGGUAAAACAGCAACUGCAGACUCCACAAAAACUUCUGGAUUCACAUUUGGUAAAACAGAUAAAACAACAGCAGACUCCACCACAACCUCCAGCUUCAACUUUGGAACUCCAGCGGAAACAACAGCAGACACAACACCAACCUCUGCUGGCUUCAGUUUUGGGUCUCCUGCUACAAAAACGACCUCUGCUAAACCAGAAGUAGUGUUUGGUUCCCCCGCAACAAAGCCUGAGGUGACCUCAGCCUCCACCACUCAGUCAGGCACGUCUGGUCAAGGGUUUGUAUUCGGAACGUCUGCUUCCAAAACAACAGGAUCCUCUGAAUCAACUGGAUUUAACUUUGGUGGAAUUAAAAGUUCAAGUUUUGCUUUUGGGAGUCAACCAACAAAAGAGGAGAAAGCAGACUCAUCUGCAGAAGCUGACAAAAAGACUGAAACCAAAUCAGAGGAAUCCAAAUCAGAAUUGGACUUUGGAUCAUCAAGAACUGCUGGUUUUACAUUUGGACAGAAAUCAUUUAACUUGGGAUCCAAAUCACCAGAGCAGAAGCCUGAUUCAACCACAGCCGCAACCAGCACUCAGCCAAAGUCUGCAGAACCUCCCAAACCUGAGGGAAAGCAGGAGGAGUCCAGUUCUAAAGCAUUCACCUUCAGUAAGGAACCCCCAGUGUUUGGUGCAGACAGCAGUGGAAAAUCUGGAUUUCAGUUCAAGUUGGAUUCAGCAUCAGACAGCAAAGAAAAAAGUCUGUUUAAGUUCACCUUCUCUCCCCCAAAGUCCAGUUCAACUGUACCGGGGUCUCCAGAGGUAGAUAAGGAGGGAAUGUACAUCAACAAGGAGGGAGAGGACGAUCAUAUUUACUUUGAGCCGGUGAUUAAUCUCCCAGAAAAGGUGGACGUAGUGACAGGGGAAGAGAACGAGACGGUAUUGUUCGCACAUCGUGCUAAACUUUACCGCUUCCACAACAAUGAAUGGAAGGAGCGGGGACUGGGAGAUAUUAAAAUUUUAGAAAAUGAACAGACAAAGAAAAUCAGAAUUUUGAUGAGACGUGAACAAAUCCAUAAGAUAUGCUGUAACCACUACAUCACUACAAAACUUGACUUAAAACCCAUGCCAAACUCAAAUGGAAAAGCUUGGAUUUGGUUCGCUAUGGACCACUCUGAUGAGGAACCAAAGUAUGAAAAUUUUUCAGUUCGUUUCAAAACUCCUGACAUUGCCAAUAGGUUCAAGGAAGCAUUUGAUAAAGCCAAGCAGAAGGUUUGUGGACAGAGUUCAGCCCCAGGUUCCCCUGCUGUGUCUGCUGGACCUUCUAAACCUCCCACCAGUCUCCAGUCUCUGUUGAGCCAGGAUGAGGAUGUAGUGCUGGUUAAGGAAGAUAAAGCGACUCCCGAGCAGAUAGAGCUGGCUAGGAAGUUCCUGUUACCUGACCACUUCUAUCUCUAUGAGAAAGCCCCACCCUGCCCGGGCUGUAUUGGCUGUGAAGAUUACCAAGAAGGGACAAAAAUCUCGAGGAAAACAAGGACACCUACCCCAAAGAAAAAUCAAGAUGAGAUGUCCAGCUCUUUGUCCUCUGGAGGUAUAUUUGGUGCCUCAGCAGCUCCCCCUGGUGGGUUGUUUGGUGCUCAGGCUACAGGAGGAGGAGAUACUGGUGACACCCCUAGUCUGUUUGGUCAGAGGUCAGCGGGGGGAGUCUUUGGAGGGGGAGGUGGCUCUGGAUUCUCCUUCUCAGGCCUGGCUGCCAGCUCAGGAACAGAUGCUAAUGCCUUCAAAAAAGAUGACAGUAAACCAUUUAAUUGGAUGGGAGCGGGGCAGAAACUCUUCACCCAUGAGGACAGAGAUGAGGAGGGAGAUGAAGUAGCCCAGGGGGAGGAUCCUCAUUUUGAACCAGUGGUCCCCCUCCCUGACCUUGUGGAGGUCAAAACAGGAGAGGAGGAUCAUGAAAAAAUCUUCAGUCAUCGAGCCAAGCUGUUCCGCUAUGACGGAGACACAAAACAGUGGAAGGAGAAAGGAAUCGGGGAAAUGAAGAUUCUAAGACACACUGGAACAGGACAUUACAGACUACUGCUGCGAAGAGAGCAGGUGUAUAAGCUAGCUUGUAAUCAGAAUCUGACCUCUGACCUCAAGUUCCAGCCAAUGGCAACCUCUGAGACAGCUUGGUGUUGGGUUGGACAGGAUUUCAGUGACAAUGAACCAAAGUUGGAGCAGCUUGCUGUUAAGUUUAAGAGUGUUGAUUUAGCCAAAGAAUUCAAGGCGAAGAUUGAUGAAUGUCAGAAUGACCUGAUAGAAAAUCCUCCCCAGGACACCACAGACAAACAACAGACCGGUAGGCCACUAGAAGAAUCAUCAGAAGAAAAUCGUGGAGAGGGAGAUGAUGAUGAAUAUGAGGACGUUGAUGAUGAUGAAGACGAUGAUGAAUAUGAUGAUGUUGAAGAAGAAAUCCUGCUGGAGAAGCGUGUGACCUUUCAGAUGAUGGAGGCCGACCAAUGGAAGAAGUGUGGGACAGGCGUAUUGAAGGUGAUUUCUGAUGAUGAUGUUAUGGGACACAGAGUGAUCUUCACCACAGAUAAAAAAGAGAAUCUCUGUAACCACGUCAUCGCAGUGGAGUCCAGCAUUGUUCUGGACAAGAAGCAGCAUUUCUGUGAGUGGCACCCUAUAGACUUUGCUACAGAUGAGCCAGUCAGAAGGGGAUUCAGGGCUGUAUUCAGUUCUGUACCCGCAGCUGAGGAAUUUCACAGACUCUUUCAGGAGGGUCGGACUCUGGCUCAUGACAUGGGGAUUUCAGAGAGAGGCGGGGAACCCCACGAGCUGAAGGUGCCAGAGGUCCACGGACAGGGAGUCAAUGACGACUGAGGGGGGAGGGGACUCAAUGACGACUGAGGGG